GCGGGGCGGGUCCGCGCGUUGGCGGUGCUAGCCCCGCAGCUGCGCCGGCCGGCUUCAGCACCUUUCUCUGUCCGCUUCUACAGCCGCCUCCUCCUCCAGGUGCUGACUAUUCUGAUGCGGAGUUUCCAAUUGCCUUGAUUAAAGUAGAAACAUUCUAUGGCUUGGAUGACUUACAUUUCAAAUUGGUUUGAGCAAGAUGAUUGGUAUGAAGGACUGCAAAGAGCAAACAUGUCCCAGGUAAGGCAAGUGGGAUUGCUGGCUGCUGGAUGUCAGCCGUGGAACAAGGAUGUGUGUGCUGCCGGCGGAGACAGGUUUGCAUAUUGUGCGACUCUGGCUAUCUAUAUUUAUCAGUUGGAUCACCGUUAUAAUGAAUUCAAACUUCAUGCAAUUAUGUCUGAACAUAAAAAAACAAUCACAGCAAUUUCUUGGUGUCCACAUAAUCCUGAUCUGUUUGCAAGUGGCAGUACUGAUAAUUUAGUGAUCAUUUGGAAUGUUGCAGAACAAAAAGUCAUUGCUAAACUCGACAGUACAAAAGGGAUCCCCGCCUCUCUUAGUUGGUGCUGGAAUGCAGAGGAUGCGGUGGCAUUUGUUUCCCACAGAGGCCCACUGUUCAUUUGGACCAUCUCAGGACCAGCUAGUGGAGUGACUGUACACAGAGAUGCUCAUAGCUUCUUGUCUGAUAUCUGUAUAUUCAGAUGGCAUACAAACAAAAAGGGGAAAGUUGUGUUUGGUCAUAUUGAUGGAAGUCUAUCAAUUUUUCAUCCAGGUAAUAAAAAUCAGAAACAUGUUCUGAGACCUGAAUCCCUUGAAGGGACAGACGAAGAGGAUCCCGUUACAGCCUUGGAGUGGGACCCACUGUCUACCGACUAUCUUCUAGUGGUUAAUUUGCAUUCCGGAAUUCGCCUCGUAGAUUCUGAAUCGCUUUCUUGCAUAACCACAUUUAAUCUUCCCAGUGCAGCAGCUUCUGUGCAGUGCUUAGCCUGGGUUCCCAGUGCUCCGGGGAUGUUUGUAACUGGAGAUUCUCAAGUGGGUGUUUUACGCAUUUGGAAUGUUUCAAGAACAACACCUAUUGAUAACCUUAAAUUAAAGAAAACAGGAUUUCACUGCUUACAUGUACUUAAUUCUCCUCCAAGAAAAAAGUUUUCAGUCCAAUCUCCAACCAAAAACCAUUAUACAUCCUCAACAAGUGAAGCAGUUCCACCCCCAACUUUGACACAGAAUCAAGCGUUUUCUCUUCCUCCUGGUCAUGCAGUGUGUUGUUUCUUGGAUGGUGGAGUUGGACUUUAUGAUAUGGGAGCUAAGAAGUGGGAUUUUCUUAGAGACUUGGGACAUGUGGAAACUAUCUUUGACUGCAAAUUCAAGCCUGAUGAUCCGAAUCUUUUAGCAACAGCUUCCUUUGAUGGCACCAUAAAAGUCUGGGAUAUACAUACAUUAACAGCAGUGGACACAUCCCCGGGGAAUGAAGGUGUUAUUUAUUCCCUUUCUUGGGCUCCAGGUGGUUUAAAUUGUAUUGCUGGGGGAACUUCCCGAAAUGGUGCUUUUAUUUGGAAUGUUCAAAAGGGCAAAAUUAUACAACGAUUUAAUGAGCAUGGAACAAAUGGAAUAUUCUGUAUUGCCUGGAGUCAUAAAGAUUCUAAAAGAAUAGCAACCUGCAGCAGUGAUGGUUUCUGUAUUAUUCGAACAAUUGAUGGUAAAGUGCUACACAAAUAUAAACAUCCGGCUGCAGUGUUUGGUUGUGAUUGGAGCCAAAACAAUAAAGACAUGAUAGCCACUGGCUGUGAAGACACAAAUGUUCGUGUUUAUUACGUAGCCACCAGCUCAGAUCAACCAUUGAAAGUAUUUAGUGGGCAUACAGCAAAAGUGUUUCAUGUUAAAUGGUCUCCUCUGAGAGAGGGAAUUCUUUGCAGUGGUUCUGAUGAUGGUACCGUUCGCAUCUGGGAUUAUACUGAAGAUGCUUGCAUCAGUAUUCUUAGUGGACACACUGCACCUGUGAGGGGAUUAUUGUGGAAUACUGAGAUUCCGUAUCUGCUCAUAUCUGGCAGCUGGGACUAUACUAUAAAAGUAUGGGACACUCGAGAAGGAACUUGUGUGGAUACUGUGUAUGAUCACGGUGCAGAUGUAUAUGGUUUAACCUGCCAUCCCAGUCGCCCCUUCACUAUGGCCUCUUGCUCCCGUGACUCUACAGUGAGACUCUGGUCAUUAACAGCCUUAAUCACUCCUGUACAAAUAAAUAUUCUGGCAGACAGAUCUUGGGAAGAAAUUAUUGGGAACACUGAUUGUGCUGUAGAACCAGGCACUCCUCCUCUACUGUGUGGUAAAGUGUCAAGAGAUAUUAGACAAGAAAUAGAAAAACUAACCGCUAAUUCUCGAGUGAAAAAACUAAGAUGGUUUUCAGAAUGUUUAUCCCCUCCAGGUGGCAGUGACAAUUUAUGGAACUUGGUUGCUGUGAUAAAAGGACAGGAUGACAGCUUACUUCCUCAGAACUACUGCAAAGGAAUAAUGCACUUGAAACAUCUGAUUAAAUUUAGAACAUCGGAAGCUCAAGAACUAACAACAGUCAAGAUGUCUAAAUUUGGUGGUGGUAUUGGUGUACCUACUAAAGAGGAAAGACUGAAGGAAGCUGCUGAAAUCCACUUGAGAUUAGGACAAAUUCAGAGAUACUGUGAACUUAUGGUUGAACUUGGAGAGUGGGACAAAGCCCUGUCAGUUGCACCAGGGGUCUCUGUGAAAUACUGGAAGAAGUUAAUGCAGAGGAGAGCUGACCAAUUAAUCCAGGAAGAUAAGGAUGAUGUCAUUCCAUACUGCAUAGCCAUUGGUGAUGUGAAAAAGCUGGUCCAUUUUUUCAUGUCAAGAGGUCGGCUUAAAGAAGCUCUGCUUGUUGCACAGGCUGCUUGUGAAGGAAAUAUGCAGCCCUUACAUGUUUCUGUGCCUAAAGGAGCUUCAUAUUCUGAUGAUAUCUACAAGGAAGACUUUAAUGAACUCCUGCACAAAGUCAGUAAAGAACUGGCAGAAUGGUAUUUUCAAGAUGGUCGAGCAGUACUAGCCGCAUGUUGCCAUCUUGCCGUAGAUAAUAUUGAGCUUGCUAUGGCAUACCUGAUCCGCGGAAAUGAACUGGAGCUGGCAGUCUGUGUGGGCACAGUACUCGGAGAGUCUGCAGCACCAGCAACCCACUAUGCCCUAGAAUUACUGGCAAGAAAGUGCAUGAUGAUUUCAAUAUGCUUUCCAUCUGUUGGAUACAGUGUCCCCUUUUGUUACGUUAACAGGAAUUUGGCAGCCGAUCUUCUCCUGAUGAUUCCUGAUAAUGAACUACAUUUAAUAAAACUCUGUGCUUUCUACCCAGGAUGUACUGAAGAGAUAAAUGACCUUCAUGAUAAGUGUAAGCUACCCACAGUGGAAGAAUGUAUGCAGUUAGCUGAGACAGCCCAUGCAGAUGACAAUAUAUUUGAAACUGUAAAAUAUUACUUGUUAAGUCAAGAACCUGAAAAAGCCCUUCCUAUUGGUAUUAGCUUUGUUAAAGAAUACAUCAGUAGUUCAGACUGGACUUUGGAUGCCAUAUACCCUGUUCUUGACCUAUUGAGCUAUAUUCGUACUGAAAAAUUGCUCUUGCAUACAUGUACUGAAGCUCGAAAUGAGUUGCUAAUAUUGUGUGGUUACACUGGUGCAUUACUGGCUAUCAGAAGACAGUACCAAAGCAUUGUUCCAGCACUUUAUGAGUACACAAGUCAGCUAUUAAAACGUCGGGAGGUGUCAGUACCUUUAAAAAUUGAAUAUCUUUCUGAGGAACUGGAUGCAUGGAGAGCUUGCACACAGUCCACCAGCAGAUCAUUCGAAGACUCUCCGUAUACACCCCCUUCUGAUUCACAAAGAAUGGUUUAUGCAACUUUAUUAAAGAGACUAAAAGAAGAGUCACUGAAAGGAAUUAUUGGACCAGAUUAUGUGACUGGAUCAAAUCUUCCAAGUCAUUCUGAUAUUCACAUUUCUUGUCUUACGGGAUUAAAAAUCCAGGGCCCUGUGUUUUUCCUUGAAGACGGGAAAUCUGCUAUCUCCUUGAAUGACGCUUUGAUGUGGGCAAAGGUGAAUCCAUUCUCACCUUUAGGGACUGGAAUACGACUCAAUCCAUUCUGAUAGAAGAUUUUUUUCCAUACUGGAUUUUUUUUUUUUUUUUUAAAGAAAAACUUUGUGGGUUCCUAUUACCUUAAUCUUUGUUGUUCAAGUGCCAGAGGUUGGGAGAAGGAUCGCAGGUUGGGAGAGUUGGGAAAUAACAGUGAAUUUAUUCAUUAACUUCAAAAAAUAAAAUAUGUAUAUAAUUUAAAGGAAAAACAGGUGCCUCUUUUAUAAACAGUAACAGCUACUUUUGAGAAGGAGGAAAUAUUUAAAUUAUAAAGGACUGAAUAAUCUAAAAAGCAUAUAAAAGUUUCACACAGCAUAAAAGGUAUCAAAAUAUCAUAUUGUUGAAAUAUUGAAACAUGUUAAAUUGUGCAACACCUAGAGGAGUGCUGGACAUACAGUAAGUACUUAAUGGACAUGUGAAUGAUUGAAUAUCUUGAAAUGUCAAAAUGUAAGGUGUGCACAGUCAUCUUCAACUUAACAAACACUUACGUUCUCCUUUAUAAAAUGCAGAGUAAACCACUAAUGUUAGCUAUUUAAUAAAAGUUUUCAGUUAUAAGUUUGGUAAAUAUUAAUAAAUGGAUACACAGUCAAAAUACUUUUAAAAAAA